GUAAAAUGGCUGCUGAGUGCGUCGGCCAUGAUGGCUUUAGACAGGGGAUCAUGUCACGCAACAUGUACUCCCAGUGAUACUAAUAUAUAUCUCGUUUUGGUGAAUGAGUGUGGAUUUAAUCGAAAUGUUUAAACAUUGAUGAGACCUUGAUUAAUAAUUGAGGUGGGUGUUGAGGCCUUUUGUGGGGCCUCGUAACAGGCCCCAUGGAAGUUUAGCAACUGUAGAAAAGAGAGGGGUCAUACAGUACGCCCCCCCCCCUGCUGCCGCCUUCCAUUCCAUCGCAUAUAUAUACAUAAAAAAUUUCAUCAACACAUAUAUACACAUACCAAGCACCACACUGUGUAUAUAUAUAUAGUUAUAACUUAUCAUAUUAAAGUCAAAAUUUUAUAUUAUAAUUUAUUAUGUGUAACAUACGUUAUUAUUAUUAUUAUUAAUUUAAGUAGAUACAUAUUUAAAUAACAAAGUGUUACAGGUGCAUAUAUAAUUGACUUUGAAGUUUAUAUUGUGUGUGUAUAAUAAUGUGAGUGAAUCAAAGAGAAGUUAGUGUUCCAAAGGAUAACAACAUUAAAAAAAAAAAAAUACAUAUUAAUACGACAUAUAUGUGUAUUAAUGAUUUAAAAAUAAUAAAUAAAGUUGGUGAAUAUUAAUAAUAAUUUUUUUUUUUGCUUUUUAGACAAUUAUUAUAAGCAAAAAAAAAUAAGCGCGCGCAAUGAGCCGAUGUUGAUAGUUUGUAUAUGUAUUAAAAGAGUGCAACAAAAAACAUAUACACAAUUGUAUUUUAAGGUUAUUUUUUAACAUCUUAUAAGUGAUGAUAAAGUAUAAACAAUAAUUAUAGUAUUGAAAUUACAAUUAAUUUUAUGUGUACAUAAAGUAUGUGUAUAUUUAUAAUUGUAAUUCAAUUAUUCAUUAUUAUUAAUUAUAAUAAGUUAUAUAGAUAAUAAAUAAAUCCAAAAAAAUCAUUGAAAAAUGAGUAAGUUGUCAUUCAGGGCGAGGGCCCUAGACGCCUCAAAACCAAUGCCAAUAUACAUGGCUGAAGAAUUGCCGGAUUUACCGGAUUAUUCAGCAAUUAAUAGAGCUGUACCACAAAUGCCAAGUGGGAUGACUAAAGAAGAAGAAUGCGAACAUCAUUUGCAAAGAGCCAUACGCAAAGGUCUUAUUAUUCCUACACCAGAGGUUACUGAUUUGACAGAUGUCGAAGCAUACGAUAAAAUAUACCCAGCUGAUUACAAACUACCUCGACAACUUAUUCACAUGCAACCAUUUGCAAUGGAACAAGAUAUACCUGAUUAUGACAUGGAUUCAGAUGAUGAAAAAUGGGUUGGAGCUCAAAGCAGAAAAAUGGAUCUUACACCUUUGCAAUUUGAAGAAAUGAUGGAUAGAUUAGAAAAAAGUUCUGGUCAAAAUGUUGUUACAUUAAAUGAAGCUAAGGCUCUAUUAAAAGAAGAUGAUGAUCUUAUUAUUGCAGUUUUUGAUUAUUGGCUAAAUAAACGUCUUACAACACAACAUCCACUAUUAUUAACUGUAAAAACAGAGCAUCGUCUUGGAUCAGCUGCAAAUAAUCCUUAUCUAGCAUUUAGAAGAAUAACUGAAAAAAUGCAAACAAGAAAAAAUCGUAAAAAUGAUGAAACCAGUUAUGAAAAAAUGCUUAAAUUACGAAGGGAUCUUAGUAGAGCUGUAACAUUACUUGAACUUGUUAAAAGAAGAGAAAAAACGAAACGUGAACAUUUACAUUUAACUAUUGAAGUUUAUGAAAAAAGGUAUCAAGUGGAAGAUUUUAGUGGUAUUAUACUAUCAGAAGUAUCAGCAAUGAAAGCAACAAGACCAGCAUUUGCUCCAUUAUUUACAAAUCAAUUUGGUGUACAUCAAAAUUGGUCAAAUAAAUUAUCUAGUAAAGAAGAUGGAUUGCCAAAAAAAGAUAAACGACAAUAUAAAAAACGAAAACACAAAAGUGACAGUAGAUCAUCUGGUUUAGAUGAUGGUAGUGUUGGUGGUGGGAUACGUAUUGGUACUAGUGGUAGUAGAACAUCAAGAACUGAUGUUACUGGAAGUGGGCUGGACCCACUUGGAAGUUCAGAUGAAGAUGGACUAUUUCCACAUACACAAUCAUCAUUAGUACCAUCAUCUGUUCGUGAAGAAGAAGAAACAAUUAAUGAAGGUCCAUAUACAUUUUAUCGAAAUAGAUAUUCUACUUAUCUACCGUCUGUAUCACAUGGAUUUGGUAAUUGGCCUUGGUGUGAUAAAAGUGAAGGUGGUACAGCAGAUAAAAAAUAUAGGUUCGCAUUGACGAGUAUUAGUAAACCAACUCCAAGAUGCAUAGGUCUUGCUAGAAGAAGACUUGGACGUGGUGGCAGAGUUAUAUUGGAUCGUUGUACAAGUAAUUUUGAUGAUCUUUGGUCAUCACUUGAUUUUACAAUACAUCAGUCUAAAAAUAGAGUAACACCUGAUUUACCUGUGAUACCAAUGAAAAAAACAACAUCAAUAACAACCACCAUAUCACUUACAUGUGAUUAUUUACAUUUUCGACCAAUGAAAUCUGAAUCGGAUGAAAAAUGUCUUGAACAAGAAAAUGAUUCUAGUGGAUGGAGUAGCAGUACCAGUGAUGAUGAUUCAGAGUCUGAGUAUAACAAUAGCUCUCGUACAUCAAUGUUACCUUAUCCAUUUCCUCCUGAGGCAACAACAAUAUGUGUUGAAAUUGAACCAGAAAAACCUGGCAAUGAUAUGCCAUUUACCGCGGAAUUUAAUAUAUCAGAUUAUUUUCCUGAAGAUCAAUUUGAUCUUGGUUUAUCUUCUGUAUCAUUAACAAAUAAUAUUUAUGAACUUGAUAAUAAUAAUGACGAUAGUGAUCAAUGUCAAACGGGUAGUUCGUGCUUCCAAGUGACAACAAUUAAUAGUAAUGUGUUUUCUUGUCGUACGACGAAUCAAGAAAGUAGUGUUAAUAGUGGCACAAGUGUAAAUACAAAUUCAACGACCCCCGCCACCUCUACUUCUUCUUCCUCUUCCUCAACAUCUGCCCUUUCUUCUUCCUCAUCAUUUUCGUCUACUUCAUCAUCAACAUCAUCAUCAUCAUCAACAUUAACACCAUCAUCAUCAUCGUCAUUAUCACAAUUAUCACAAUCAUCAUCGUUAUACUCUACUACCUCGAUAGUCAAUCCUUCCUUGUCAAUAUCAACGACGGCAACAACAACAACAACAACAGCAACCACAACUUUUAUUAAUACUCCAACAAAACAACAACAACAACAACAACAACAACAACAACAACAACAACAACAACAAAGACAAUUAUUGAAUAAUAGUAAAAGUGCUGCAUCAAUACUUUCAAAAUCAUUAACUAGUCCGAUAAGUAAAAGUGCAAAUAUGCGCGUAACUAGUGUCCCAAACUUUGGAAAUGGCCACCAAAAUGGUCCGUCCACUCAUUUACAUGGAAAUAGUUUUGUUGUGUCUGGCUCAGUAUUACCAAAUAAUACUGUUGUUGCCAGUCAUAUUAAUAAUAAUCAACAAACAAUAAUAUUACCACCACAAAAACAUACAAAACCUGGAUUUAUUGCACAAAACAAAUUAGCGAAUCUUGCUCGACAUCAACAACAACAGUUACAAUUACAAUUACAGCAACAACACCUACAACAGCAGCAACAGCAACAACAACAACAACAACUGCAAUUACAGCAACAACAACAGCAACUGCAAUUACAGCAACAUCAACAGCAACAGCAGCAACAUCAACAGCAGAUAACACCAUCUGGGGAAAUUACGCUUAGUAGUAAUAGUGGAGAAUUGGAUAUGGAAAUUGACAAGGUUGAUGAAACAUUAUGUGAAAGUAAACAAGCUCAACAACAACAACAACAACAACAACAACAACAACAACAACAACAACAACAACAACAACAACAACAACAACAACAACAGCAACAACAACAACAUCAUAGCUUAAAAGGAACAAAUAAAACAAAUUCACUUGCAAUGGAAGUAACAUGAUGCCUGUUGCCAGCACCCCUGUUGCCGCCUUCACGACACUGGGGGCUUUGCUAAUUAUCAAAAAAAAAAAAAAUUUGUUUCUUCUCGCUAAGCAAUCAGCAACAAACAAACCACUUUGUGUCCGCAUUGAAUUGUCGGUUAACAUUAUGACUUGAAAUAAAAUUGUGUGCUAACACAUCUCAAUGCAAGGUUCGUUAUUUUCUUGCAACUCAAAACUUCAUCAUAUUAAUGCUCAGAUAUAUAUUUUUUUUUUCUUUUUUUUUUUUUUUAAACUCAGUUAUUCUUUGCAAAAAAAAAAACAGCAAUAUAAAAAUUUAUAUAAAAUUAAAUGUGCAGUAAUUACUAGCAAAGAAUGGAAAUAGUUUUUUUUUUUUUUUUUUAUAUUUUUUUUAAAUAUAUUUUAAAAUUUUAAUAACAAAUAAUAGGUUUUUUUUUUUUUUUUAAUUAUCUUAUUCUGAGCUUGACAAUCUGGCAAAAUAUAUUUUUUUUUCUCUGAAAUACAUUUGAAAAUUAAUUAAAAAUUGUUUAAUUUUUUGCUCAAUUAUUAUUGCUGUUGCUGUUAUUGUGUUCAAAUACUGUUCAUUAUAAAUAGUAUUAAUCAAUAAUUGAUGAAAAAUAGUGUUUUUUUAAUUUAUCUCAAUGAAUAAUGAUUGAAAAAAAAAAAAACAUUCACUGCACAUUAUAAUUAAUUAAGAUAUUUAAAAAUAAUUUUUUCAUGAGAAAAAAAUUAAUAAAAUUCUCUAUAAAUUUUUAUGAUUUUUGUAAAUUAAUAGAUUCAAGUGCGUAAAUGUGAUAUCGUAGAAAUACGAUACGCACACAAUAUGUAUAAUUGUAUAUUGUACCUAUAGUAAUGAGCUAAAUAUUUAAUAAUGAUUCAUUGAUUGAGUAACAUACAAAUUUAAAUCAGUUGCUUUCAAUAAAUUUUACGUAAAACGUGAAAAAAUAAAAUAAUUAAAAUGUCAAGAUGAACAUAGUUUACAAUAAAUUAAUCGAAAUUUUUAAUAGUCAACAUUCAAAUAAUUAUAAUAAUAUUAGUCUACGUCCAUAUUAAAUAAAAUACAUGUAUAUAUUAUAAUUAAAUUAUAAUUAAAUAUAGACCAUUUUUAAUAAUAAGAAAAAAAAAAUUUCGUGUUCGUCAACGAAUUUGUACGCUUAAAAAAAAAACAUUUUAGCACAAUGUAAUCUGCGUGUAUUUUCUCUCUAUUUUUUUUUCCUUUAAAAAACAAAAAAAAAAAAUAAUAACAAUAGAAAUAAUUAGUUGAUGGAAAAUUAAAGAAAAAAAUACAUCAAAUAUUUCGUAAAUUGAAUAAAUAGGUGGUAUAAUUUUAUAAUAAUAAAAAAUUAAAAUAAAAACAAAAAAAAGAACAAAGAAUAAAAAAAAAAAAUUAUCGUUUUAUCUUUUCAUUGAAAUGAUUAAACAGUUUUAUAUUAAUUUAUUGUUUUUUUUCCCGUUUUUACUGAUAUAAAAUUUUGAUAAUUUAUAGAAAAAAAAAAAGAAAUGAAGAAAAAAAAAAUAUAGCUACUUUGGAAUAUGUAUUAUAAAUUCGAAAUGUCCAGUACGCAAAUUGUCGUCAAAUGUGAUCAAAUAAAUAAUGACUAAAAAAUAAUAUUAAUACAGAUGCAAUUUAUCAAAUAAUUAAUUUAUUUCUUUUCAAAAAUUUUAUAAUCAAUAAAAAUUACUUUCGGUAUGAAAUAAUAAUUUAUUCAAAUAAUAAUAGAUGAAUGAAUAAUUACAUUAUUAGUAUUUCGAAAGACUAUAAAGUUGUACUAAUUUUCAGGCAAAAAAAUAUUGCGGUACUUGUAAAAAUAAUAUAUUCACAUUGUUUAUUGCAAAAAAAAAUUUUAAAAAUAAAAUAUACGCCAUACAAUAACUACAAUUACUAUCGUACUCCACAUAAAUUUAAAAAAUCAAUAGAAACAAAAAAAAUAAAUAAAUAAAUUAUGUCAAAUUUUACACGGCAUGAUGAUUGUU